AUGUGUGCAGAAAGUGCCUUCAAUUACACCUCGUCUCUGAAGACAGCCUCUUGGAAGCAAGGGACUGAUUGCUUUAUCUUGAAGGCACCCUCCAUUCCAACAGCUCCCCUCUUUUCGCUUCAUCAUGUUCGGAGACUCUAUCUCGGGGGUAAUCAUCUCACUGGAACUAUCCCAUCUUCAAUAUGCCGAAAGAGUUCUCUCAGAGUCCUGCACUUGAUGGAUAAUUACCUGAGUGGCACCAUACUCCCAUGCUUGGGUAAUCUGAGCAAUCUCGUCGUUUUGAAGUUGGGUUUGAAUCAACUGGAGGGUUCACUGCCGAGGACUCUAGCAAACUGUACAAAUUUAAUGUAUCUUAAUGUACAUGAAAACAUGUUUGAUGGUUUUCUCCCUAUUCCACCGGUCACUGCUGAAGCAUAUGCUGCUUCGGGCAACAAAUUUAGUGGAGAAAUCCCUUCCUCCUUCUGUAAUGUUACUACUCUAGUUCUCAUUGACAUGUCAGAUAAUAGCUUGACUGGCAAGAUUCCUCAGUGUCUUAUCAUUGUCAAUACCAACCUAGCGAUGUUAUUCCUAGCAAAGAAUAGAUUACGAGGUCCCAUACCAGAAAUAUUAGCUCGAAAAAAUUGCAGCCUGAAUACUGUCAUCUUGAGUCAGAAUCAUUUACAAGGCAAGCUGCCACGAUCAUGGGCUAGUUGCAAACAGUUGGAAGUUUUAGAUCUCUGUGACAACGAAUUGGAGGACUCAUUUCUGAGCUGGCUUGAAACACUCCCAAACUUGCACAUUCUCGUCUUAAGGGCUAACAAGUUCCACGGUCCAAUAACUAGUCCCAAAUUCAUUCAUCCGUUUCCAGUGCUGCACAUCCUCGACAUCUCCAACAACAAUUUCAUUGGAACUUUUCCGAGCCAAUACAUCGCCAAUUUCAACUACAUGAUGGGUGGAGACAAAGGACAAGGGCUUCUAAAGUAUAGUACCGAGACGUGGUCCGAAUCCCAUUAUACAACUGUGAUAUACAAAGGGGUGCAGAUGCAGUUGUCACCUAUACGUGAAGCAUUAGUUGUCAUUGACCUAUCACAUAACCAUUUUCAAGGGGAGGUACCCAAAGAACCAUCGAGCCCUGUGAAUUUGACGAGGCAACGGAUGGUUGAUGUGAGUGGACUCUGCAUCAAGUGCGAGGAACAGAACAACACAGCGGUCCGACUUUUCAUGUUCAGGCCAGAAGGUCAUGCAUGCUAG